GCUGAAAAAACCAGCAACCCACAGCGAUCUCACUCCUCACCACUUUAGGAGCUGCUUUUGAUCACAAUUCUACGAUCGAGACCACCAAAACAGCUACGAUCAGACCAGCUUAUCUCAGCACCUGUUUCAUUCCAUCAUCAUGAAUCUUGAUAACGGUAUCCCCAGCUACAUCAUCGUCCCUGCAUUCCCUUCUGUUGUCGAACUCGACACAUCUUCCUGCGGAUGCAGUUCGGUUUCCGGUGUCGACUCAGUAGACACCGGCGUCCCUCCUCCACCUAGCCUCCAGCGGUGGUCUUCUGAGGGUUCCAAACAUUGCAAGUGCCUCGCUCCUCCUAGCCGACCACGACGAUCCAUGGAGAGACGCUGUGUUUCCAUGAAGGCUCAGAAAAUCAAAGACAUUGACGUUCGUCUUGAAGCAAGGCGACAAUCCAAGAGCGCCUCGGCGUCGCCAGAAGGAAGGAAGAGCCUCGGCCGAUGGGGAGAUUCUCAAGAGAACCUCCCCGCCCGACGAUUCCGCUAGAGUAUUCCUCAAACGAUUGCGCUACGUAUCAUCAAACUGUAUUGUAUUAUUUUAAAUAAAUUGCCAAGCAAGCCAAUAGACUAAAGAAUAACAUUCAUAGAUUCAAUCAUAUCAUCAUCAAUUACAUCAACAUCAUCAGUCGUCUUCGCC